GUUGGCGAGUACGUCUGCAAAAGACCUUAGCGCCGGGAUUGUGUGAGAGAAACGUCGCUUUAUCGUAUUUACUAGUUUGUUGAGCGUUCUUACCAAAAAGAGAAAGCUCCAAUUCAUUGCAGAAACAUCGAUCGGAAGAAUUUACUCCUGGCAAACCACAUUGGUAGGAAAGUCGUCUCUCUUCCGAGCAUCAUCGGAAAUAUCGAAAAGCAAAAGAAUGAGAAAAAAUUUCUCCUUGACAAAUCUGUAAAAAGGUCAUCACGGUUAUGUCAAACAAGCUUCUAUGUCGAAGACUCGCCUCGAUGUUCCAUGCAUUCUUCAUAAUUCCACCAAAUAAGAUGAAGAUCAUCCUAGUAUUUCAACUACUGAAGGAUAAAUUGUUCUACUUCUAGCUCAUGUAAUGUACUGACAAAAACAAAAAGUCAAGCACUAGCACGAGCACUAAUAUUAGCUUACUAUCAUUGUGCGGUCGAGUGAUAGUGAGAAUUCUACAAGUUGUUUUUGCCUCUGGACUAAUUUAUUACUUGCAUGCCUAUGCCUUAAUUAGUUAGGUAGCACUAGCAUCGAGAGAAAAUCAAGAAUGUUGGAAACGCUGUUCGAGGAACCGGAAGCCAGGGAGGCUCGGAAGGGCAGUAGCUGGGAGUUUCCGUUGAGUGCGACCGAGACUCGCGCCCGUCUUUUCGACGUGGUCGAGUUCGAAAAUGCAACAUACAAAGAGGAAACACAGGUAUAUUUAUCGUCCCGUACUAGAAGUAGGCUUACAAAAAUGCUUUCGUUCCGUGUCCUUCACCCAUUUAAUUGUUUCACCCUAUUGUUUCACAUCUUUAUUGUUAUUCUACCUGUCGUGUUGACCAUAUCAGUCGUAUCGUCAGUUCCUACAAAAAUGAUUACCGAGCAGGAGCACAGGAGCACAACUUGCUUUCACAAAGACCUUGAGUUCCUCAUUGCUUGACUUCAGCUGAGCUGAAUCAGUUCCUUCACCUAUUCAGAUGAAUGAAGAGCUUAUAUCGGGUUUGGUCGAGGAAAACAAAAAACUCGCGGAAGAACUCGGAUUACUCGAACAAGACGCCUUGCAACAGUUGCGUUGCACAAAACAAGAGCAGGAAAAGGAUGCGGUAUUAUGAUAUUCCAGAGAAAUACCAAUAAGUACAAGUAGUUCUUGAGUUAUUCUAGCGAAAGUACAAGAAGUACUAGAGUCACAGUACUAGUAAUAGUAUGUAGUGAUAAAAAUGUUCUUGUUGUAUCAGACGUAGUCUAGUGAAUGAUUGAUUGUCGUAAAGGUAAUGCAGCUCCUGUCCAAGUCCAUCAUCUGGCAAAGAUCAUAACUGGAUUGCUUUUAAGAUUUAUAAUGAAAACCAAAGAAUCUCUGACUUCUCCCACUACAACAGAAAGAGCUUCGCAGUAAAACCGCGGCUUUGGAGAAAGCUAUCGCGGAGCAACAGUCAAAGAACUGGGAUUUGAUGCGAGAAAAGUCUGCUCACUUCCGGGAAAAAGAGCGGGAAGUCGCUAGAUUCAAGCAGAGGUUGGAAAAGCAGGAGAGCAUGCUCCGAGAAACCAAGGAAAAAGUCGAGGCUAAGAGUCAAAAGGCCGAUUCCGAAGCAGUAAGACGCGAACAAGUAGAGAAGAAGCUCCAAGAUCGUGCAAAAAGCGAAACGAUGCAACGAAAUAAUCUGCGCUAUUUGGAGUUAAGACUCGAGUUCCUAUUUCUCUCUGAUGAUGUGUUUUGCUUUUGUUCAUUCUAAAUUUUUUGAUUUUAUUUCCACUUCCGUGUAAACCAAAAUUUCUUGUUCUAUCUUUACGAACAUAAAGGAAGACUACAUACUUCUUACGCAUUCAUUAGCCGCACUAGUCGAGGAUCCGAUUUGGAAUUUGGUAUUGGUGCUCAACAAUUGUCCAUGAUCCUCUGCGACUUUCUUCUCCAUCUAAUGAGUCAGCAGACUUGUUCGCAGAAAAAGACUAUCAAGAAUCUUCGUGGCUUGCUAGAGGAGAAGGAGAAGAGUGAAGCAAAAUUGCAGUCGGAAGUCUCAAAGCUACAACAGGAGGUCUCAAAAUUGCAAGCCAGCGUGCAGCAAUGGACAGCGAGAGGUGCAAAUAGCGAAUUUCCGUUUAGCGUUGGGGCAGGUGGCUCAUCAUGUUCUAGUUCCAGUAGCGGAGGAGGAGAGCUGCAGGGAGUUUCUGCCCCGGGUGGAGGCGGAAAAAAACGUAAUUCGCGAGUAGUCGUUGUCCCGCCAUUGACGCUAGGGGGCUUGAUAAAAGGUGCUGAGACUACUGAGAGUCGAGGAAAUUCGAAGGACAGCAGCGGCGCAGCGACCGCACGAGCUGCCGGCUCAUCCGGCGCAGGAGCCUCCGGAGGAGGAGGUCCGUCAGGCGCAAAAACAGCAAGGGCUCAUACUGGAGGUGGUAGCACCACUGGCACUUUGAGUUCAUCCUCUGCGAUGAAAGGACCACCAAUCGCUAGCCCACGGAAGAAGAGGAAAAACCCUGCUGCAGCGGCGGCGGCGCCUCUAGGUGGCACACCUGGCCCGGAUACUAGGGCAGCAUCCUCUAGUAGUUCGAAAACUUGUGCCGAAAGAGAAACCGGGACUCCUUGUGAAAAGAGCAGCAAGCCAUUGGUCCCGGUGUUGUCGCUGAAGAAUCUGAAGUUUCAGCUAGACGAAGCUGAGGAAGAUGAUGCAAAAGAUGGUGCUCUCAAUGACGGGUGUGAACCUCGCGUGGCGUAUUCGCAGACAGCGCGCGAAGCGGAUCGAGGGGAUGCAAAUGAGGUAGAGGGCAAAGCCACUAUGACAAAGAGUAUGAGGAGACGGAUUGCAGCUAAACGACGAAGUUUAGGCGCCGGCGACUUGGAGUUGAAGAAACUAGAUGAGAUCAACGCGACAGCAGCCUCGUCAUCUGCGUGUACGACUGCAGCGCCAUCCUCAACCACGUCGAGUGCUACGGUGACGCCGUCCACGUCACUGCUGUCUCUAGGGAAUAAAGUCUUCGACCUACUCGGAGGGGGUGGAGGCGAUGCAGCAGCCCCUGACACUGCUAGAGGAAUGCAAAAGAACGUGGUGGGCGUGGACGCAAAUGAGGUGUUUUUAGAUGUGAAUUCGACACCAUCGAAGGAAUCGCAGUGCGGACCGCGUGCGUCUCCAACGACGCCGCCGCUGCCUCUUUUGGCCUCCUUCGGAAUAGGGGACGAGGGCGACGAGGAUACAGAAGACGUGGCAGCGGGUGGCGGAGGGGCGGCCAGCCGAAGCAAGUCAAAACAAGUGUUGAAGAACAAAAAAAGAAAGCGCAACAAAAAAGGUGGAGCAGCGUCAGGUGCUGGUGGCGCUGCUGUAGCUGCGGCGAAAUAA